GAAGUCGGAAACUACUGCCCAAGAUGGUUACGCAAAUAUGGGUUUCUUGCCGAGUCAAAUAGCACACAGAAAUCUAAUUAUUGUGUAUAUAGUCUUGAUUUGUUUUGUUGUGAUAUACAUGUUUGGAAUUCCGCCGAAGCGACAACUGAUUGGAGUGAUAGGAUGGACGGAUGCAACAGAAGAAACUUCUUCCAUAAGAACAAUACCUUGUUCACCAAGAGACAAUGUUGUGUUUUUAAAAAUGCAUAAAUGUGCAAGUACAAGUGUUCAAAAUAUUUUGAUGCGUUAUGCUCACCAAAGAAACUUAACUGUUGUGGUUCCUGUGCUUCCAAAAAAUCACGCUUUCUCUCUACUAUUGCCUUUUCAAGCUGAAGUGGUUCAUGGUGCUCCAUGGCAAAAUCUUGGAUAUAACAUAAUAUGCCAUCACAUGGUGUUCAAUAAGGCUGCUAUUGAGAAGAUAAUGCCAAAAGAUUCAGUUUAUAUUACCAUACUCAGAGAACCAGUGAGCAUGUUCGAAUCUUUGUACGAAUAUGGUGAAUUAGAGGAAUUUUAUCAAAUGGAUAUAGAGGAAUAUGCAAAAGGAAUUAAAAACUCGACAGUUGUUAGAAAAUUAAGAGUUCGUUCAAAUGGCAUCGGAAGAAAUCAAAUGUUAUAUUCCUUAGGAGUGCAGCCCUCAUAUUUUAAUAACAGAUUGAAAGUACUUAAAGCUAUAGAUAAUAUAGAUACAUAUUUUGAUUUUGUUAUGAUAGCAAAAUAUUUUGAUGAGUCUAUGAUACUUCUUCGACAUUUACUAUGCUGGGAAAUGGAUGAUGUGGUAAGCUUUACGUUAAAUGCAAGGAUGGAAAAUUACAAAAAGAAUUUAACAGUAGAAGCAAUAAAAAAUCUGAAAGAAUGGAACUGGGGCGAUCAACUUCUCUAUGAUCACUUUUUACAGAAGUUUGAAAAGGCUGUAAAAGAAUUUGGAAAGGAAAAGAUGGAGCUAGAAGUUCAAGAACUUCGAAAGAGAAGAAACGAUUGGUUCGACUUUUGUGUUCAAGAAAGAGUAGAAGCAAAAAAUUUAACUUCAUACAGUAUUUGGAGCAACAAAGUUAGUGGAUACGUUUUGAAAUCUGAUGUUAACAACAUAACUUGUGAGGAUUUGGUAAAGCCCGAAAAUUACUUCACAAGUGAAAUUAGACAACAUCAACUUAUUCAAAGCAUAAAGAAAGGUGCUAAAAUGUUGACAUAUGGACCAUUAUCUUUUAGACAUCUUGUAAAUCUAAAUGUUUUAAAAGGACAAGAACAAGAAUUUGCUAGAAAUUUGUUGCUAAACCAAUACAAAUACAGGAGGCGAAAUUUUUCACAAAUGAGGAGCGAUAAAGAGCGAAAUCAUCAACACAGAGCGUAG